AUGAAUCCCACUUCCAAACCUUCGCAGACCUCUCUGUUUCAAGUUUAUCUCCGUCUUCGGCCUCCGAUUUCCCAGCCAAAAGACAUCCAACCGGAUCGCUGCUUGAUUGUUGAUCCUCCGGAGCAUAAUAACGAACAUGCAGAAGAUGGCCAGGAUGCUCCGCUCCCGGCUGCUACCCACAUCACGCUGCAGCCUCCCGCGGAUUCGAGGAAACGAGCUGUGGAGAGGUUCGGGUUUACACAGGUUUUUGACGAGGCGGCAUCGCAAAUAGAUGUUUUUCAGGAUACAGGCAUGGAUGAUAUUAUCAGGGGUGUAUUGCUUGAGGGUCGAGAUGGAUUGAUCGCUACACUGGGCGUUACUGGGAGUGGAAAGAGUCACACCAUUCUCGGCUCGAAAUCGCAAGGAGGACUUACGCAAAUGUCCCUGGACGUGAUCUUCAAAGCGUUGGAACCCACUAUCAAACCCCCGGACAACUCAAUCAACCCCAACCUAUUAGCAUCCGUCGCCGCAUCGGAUCCCUGCGAGGCCCAGUUUUUCGCGGCCCAGACUUUCCUCGAAGCAGUUUACGGCGACCCAAAUGCGGACCGUGGCAGGAACUCGAGAGCCCAGACUCCGAUAAGCUCGUCUAGAGGCAAUACCCCUUUGAUGGUAAGGAACCCUCUUCCCUCAAAGUCGAUGCAAGCAACAUCGGUUUUUGGACGGCUUUACCCAAAUUUACCUCCGUUCCCUACUUCACCCCUCAGGUUUAGUCGCAGGCCUUCCCAGAGCCCGGAGCGUGGAGAUUCAGACAAUGUACCCAAAGAAUCCAUUCGAUUGGUCCCUGGAUCCCCAUCAACGUCAUAUACACACCCAAGGAUGAUGAAUAGUCUUGCUAAAUCAGGAUUUCAAUCUUUAAAGGAUCCGAUGCCCGCCCUGAUCUUCCCCCGUCGACAGAUGCCACAGCGCCCCAGCGUGUUACCCCGAGUACCUGACGUUACUCAAUUCGCCCCGGAUUUGAACCCGAAGUCCGAGUACAUGGUUCUCGUCUCCAUGUACGAAGUGUACAAUGACCGAAUCUUCGAUCUUUUGUCCCCCGCCGUUGCACCCGGGCAAGGAAGUUCCCGUCAAGCGGGAAACAACCAAAAGGACCGGAGAAGGCCCGUCAUGCUCAAGUACACCGAAGGCUCCCCCGAUCGAAAGGUUGUUGCCUCACUGAGAAAGAUCGCCUGCAGCACCUAUGAAGAGGCGCUGGCGGUUCUCGAUGUCGGGCUUACGGAGCGCAAGGUUACUGGAACCGGCGCAAACAGUGUCAGUUCCCGGAGCCAUGGAUUCUUUUGCCUUGAGGUCAAGAGACGUAUGAGGCAUAAGAUCACUGGCGAGGAGACAUGGGUCGGAAAUAUUCUUACUGUUGCUGAUCUUGCUGGUUCCGAGCGCGCAAGGACUGCUAAAACCGCCGGAUCAACCCUUGCUGAAGCCGGAAAGAUUAACGAAAGUCUGAUGUAUCUGGGACAGUGCUUACAGAUGCAGAGCGAAAUCCAAGACGGCAAAGCCGCUCUUGUCCCGUACAGACAGUGCAAGCUAACUGAGCUACUAUUCUCUAACUCAUUCCCAUCCUCAAACUCCUCUCAUAGCCGCGCACCACAAAAAGCAGUCAUGAUAGUCACAGCUGAUCCUCUGGGAGACUAUAAUGCUACUUCACAGAUCCUCCGCUACUCCGCUCUAGCCAAGGAUGUCGCCGUAGCUCGUGCACCUUCUCCGACUGAGAGCGUUUACUCGGCUACCUUGCGUUCCUCGAGGGUAUCAGACCAUGGGCGGAACUCACCAGAUCCAGCAUUGAAUGAAGAGCUUGAAAACGCCUUGGCUGUAAUUGCACGAUUGACCUCUGAGAACGAGAACCUCUCUGUACGACUUACACAAGAAGAGAUCGCACGUACAGAGCUUGAGAUGCAUUUGAAAGCAAGCGACGAAAGAUGCCUCAUGAUCGAGCAAGAAGUACGAGAGGAAUGUUGGGCUGAGAUGGACGAAAAGAUGGAAGAGGAAAGGAAGAGGUGGCAGAGUGCAUGGGAUGACCAGACCGGAUACAACGAUGGGCAUAUGGAUAAGAAGAUCGAAUUGCUCUCCCGUGGCUUCCACAUAAACGAAGACCCCGAACCACCCGCAGAUGAAAAAUACCAAUCCCUCGAAUUCGAAAACGACCAACUCCGCGCCAAAAUCAUCACCCUUGAGCGAGAACUCAACUGCCGCUCCCCAACUAAACAACCAACAAGACCAAGGACCAGGAACGCCCUCAAGUCAUCUCGAAACUCGAACCUUCUCGGACGCGAGAGUGACAUCGAGUCUGCGCUGCGUCAUAUGGAUCAGCUCAAGUUGGCUGAGAAUAUGUUCGCUCCUUCUGUUACGGCUGGUUCGGGGGGUUCGCCGGGGAAGAGGACUAGGAAGAUGGCGACGAGGAAGUGGGAUUUGGCGCCUGAGGAUGAGAUUUGA